AUGAGAGUAAAGCGUUUUCAACUUCAAGCAGUUAGAAGAGACUUUGAAAUUCUCCAAAUGCAAAAGGGAGAAACGGUGAAUGAUUAUAUUGGCAAGGUUAUGAGUCUUGCAAAUAAAAUGAGGAUGCAUGGUAAUUCAAUUACGGAUGUUGCGGUUGUAGAAAAGAUUUUGCGAUCUCUAACUUCUAAGUUCAAUUACAUUGUAUGUUCUAUUGAAGAAGCAAACAAUGUCGAAGAGAUGCAAAUAGAUGGACUUCAAAGCUCCUUGCUCGUGCAUGAGCAGAAGCUUAAUCGCAUGAAUGCAAUAGAGGAGAUGACAACCUUAAAGAUGUCCACACCAGGUGAAACUUCAAGCUCCAGAGGUAGAGGGCAAAGAAGAGGCAGAGGUCAUGGAAGAGGCGGUCGAGAAAAAAGUGGAGAUGUUGGCAGGUCAGCAGAUUUAGUCAAAGACGAUUAUGACAACAAAUGCAAGAGACAUUUUGACAAGUCUAAGGUGGAAUGUUACAUAUGUGGACGUAUUGGACAUUACAAGAAUGAAUGUUAUACCAAGCUCCAAAAGGAGAAAAAAGAUCAAUCUAACUUUGUGGAGAAAAGAGAAGAAGAAACAUUGUUAAGUUAUUCCAUGCUAUGA